AUGAAGUACUCUCACACCAAAGGACAUUCAAAUCAAUGCACGCACCACCUUAGCACCGCUGAUUCACAGCGCUUGAGGGCUGCUUGCAACCAAGCAAAUCGUGGCAUUUACCACACCACGAUAAACACGUUUUGCACGGGAGUGCGUAAAUGUAUGAAUAAGACCAUUAAAACGCUACGGUACAGCACCAAUACGGCGUACUACCAGCUUGCUAUGCUCUAUACGUGUGCAGAAACGUGCUACGAUGUUCAUCAAAGAGAAACAGAAUGGCACGGUGCACUGACUUUUGUUUGCCUAUGGCAGAAUGAACAUGAGUGGCGGGUUGAGGACACGACUUGGAUGGUGGUGGCCGUGAAGUGA